UCUAAAGGUGCUUAAGCCCCGAAAUUCCCCUGAGACUCUAAAAUUUACGACAUAAGAUGAGAUUUUAGACGUAGCGUUAUCUGUAUUAUCAGAUGAUAUUGCGAUUCGUCGCGCGUUCGUCGUUUGUAGCAAAAUAGUAAUUUGUCAAAUAAUUCAACUGUUUCUAGACGCGAUCUAUCUUUUUCUCGUCUCGGAAAAUCUUAUUUAUUUAGUCAAAUAGUGUUGAAACAAAUGUCCGUAAGUAGUUGAAGUUCAACUUCGUGUGUCAUCCUGGGAUCAAUGAGCUCAUUGACGCACAUUGUCUCAAUAUGAUUCCCUCCGAUUAGUUUAAAAAGAUCAUGCACUGAUAGGAAAUGUCAUCUAUUGAUGAAUUUGUUAAUUCAUCGACAUGGCUUAUCAAGGUGUCGGGGGCGCAGCGCGGGCGCGAGCGGCAUGCGGCCCAUGCAGACGCCCAUGGAGGUCGGCUAGCGGCGCGCGCUCAGCCCCCGCGCCCGCUCUCCUCGCCCCGCACCAACGACGCCAUGGAACUCGCGGACGUGCCGAGGCACAGACCCCUCGCCUUCGAUAAGAUGGAAUGUUUGGUUAAGGAAAUGCAAGAUCCAGUUACAGGUGUACCAAUACGUAGUCAAAAACUCUUUCUCACCUUUAUUCCAUCUGCUUUUAUGGGAUGUGAUCUUGUCGAAUGGCUAAUGGAAAGAUUUCAUUAUGAAGAUGGUACAAAUGUCGAAGCUGUAAAUUUAGGCAAUCUUCUAUGUCAAUACGGUUACUUCUUUCCUGUCAACGAUCUGAAAAAUCUAGUUUUUAAAGAUGAUUCUUCUCUAUAUCGAUUUCAAAGCCCUUACUACUGGCCUUGGCAAGCGCCACGAGUGGCCGGUAGCGGGUCGAGUGCACCCACGCUCGGCCCGGACAACAUCGAGUACGCGAUAUACCUCGUGAAGCGAACCCUCCGCAACAAACAGAGGCAUGGCCUGGAGGACUACGAACAGGAAGCACUCGCUAACCUCAAGAAGAACCUUGCAGCCAAGUGGGACUUUAUCACCAUGCAGGCUGAGGAACAGGUUCGGGUCCGUCUAGCCAAAGAGCGGAAGAAGGGUGACAAAAUAAUCAGCGACAGCCAAGAGCGUGCCUACUGGCGCGUCGCGAGGCCGCCUCCCGGCGUGCCGAGCGCGCUGGAACCUUGCCCAGUACCAGUGCGCUCCCGGCAACCGAAGGCGAAGAAACGGACAAUACCACAGUUACAACGAGAAAUUGAACACCUCAAAGCAAGCCUGGAUCGCACAAGAGUGAAAACUUCGGUGGCUUUGGAAGCGCUCAUGGCGUAUUCAGAAACCUAUGCUCCUUACGAUCCUUGGCUUACUCAACCACAACCUUCCAACCCUUGGAUAAGCGACGACACUCUCUUUUGGCAGAUUAAUAGCCCAAUAGUUGAAAUACCUAGUGAGAAACGGGUGCAGCGAUGGGCACUAUCGAUAGAAGAACUAGUGUCAGAUCCAACUGGUCUGCAAGAAUUCACAAGUUUUCUUAGAAAAGAGUAUUCCCAUGAAAAUAUUAGAUUUUGGCUUGCUGUUAUGGAUUUACGAAGAAGUAGUACUAAGCAAAUACCUAAGAAGCUUGAUGAAAUCUUCGAAGAAUUCCUUACACCCGGUGCACCGUGCGAGAUAAACAUCGACGGUGCGACCGCUGAGCGCGUGGCAGAAGCGCGUCGAAGCGGCUCCCGCUACGCGCUCGACCACGCCGCAGACCACGUGUAUGGUCUGCUGCUGAAAAAGGACUGUUAUCCUCGCUUUAUACGUUCUGAUCACUUUCAACGACUCCUCACUGAAGGGAGAAAUGUUUAUCAGAAGAAGGCUAAAUUCUUCAACUUUGGUGGACAAGUGAAGAAAAAGCCUAGCUCCACAAGUGGUAGUGGUGGUAGUGGGAGCGGUACAGGUCUGUCCAGAAGACGUGGGUCUGACCGCUCGCUGUCCGGUUCGGCACAUGAGUUAGCAGUGUGCGCCGUGCAGCCACCGCGUCCUCCUGAACCACCACCGCAUAGCCACUCGCAGUCUAAUCUUUGUGACAUUCCCUUCAGAGACCCUUUGGAUGAUGAGACAUCGGAAGUCUUACCCUGGGAAACUUCAACUCGAGAAGGACCUUACGGUGGAGUUAGACGGCGACAAGAUUCUACGGCUGAUUCAGGCAGUUCGUCGUCAGAUGUUAGUGCAGCUGUGGGAAGCGGAGAAAGAAUGAGACGGCUUCCUCAGCAAAGUACAUUGGAUGGUGGACUCCGAGGAGCGCCACCACCGCUACGAAGACUUUCUGCUGUAGAACCAAGACAUUUGGCACCUCUUGCCUCACCGCCACAUUCCCCUCGACAAAAACGUAUAACCGCUAUACAACCAUCAGUUUCUCAUACGCAAACUACAGCGCACCAUCCUACACCAACGAUCAGUGUGAGUUCCGCUCCUGAUGAAGAAUCUGGUGACUCUCCUCCGAGAACAAACUCUCCUGAAGAACGCCGCUCUCUGAUACACUCCGAAGAACCAUCUUCAGUAUUCGCUUCAACAGAUGUAACUCCGACUGAACCUGGCCAUGUAUUUGUAGAACGCGCUAUUGUUGAAGUCAGUGCAGAUUCAAGUGAAGUAAGAACUGAUAGCUCAAAAGACGAAAUUCCAGAUAGUCAAACUGAUGAUAAUGAUGUAAAUGUAAUUUGUCAAGAACUAUCUAUGGCGGUCACAGAUCCAAAUGCUAAUACAAAAUCUUUAAAUGAUAACGUUACCUCAACUCCCCCAUUCUCUCGAGAGACAUCUUUGGUCAAAGAAACAAAUCCGGCCUCGCAAUUAGAGAAUAUAAUAACAUCUUCUGAAAUAUCAGAUAUUCCAGAAGAUACUAUUAGGAGUAAUGUCGAUAGACACGAUGCUGCUCCAGCGCAAAACGUUACAACGCGUGUUAUUGUAAGUCAGAAAAGUACGGAAGUUAUGUCGCCACCUCUAAGCAUAGUUUCAGAUAAAGAAAGUGUGCGAUCGACCUCGGAGGGGAUCCGAUAUCCAAUAGCACCUCUAGCUACUUGCGAAGACAUCGGAGUGGAAGAUGAUAGUGUAGAUAAAGUGCCUUUGGUACAGAGGGUGACGGGGGAUUCCAAAUCGGUGUCUGAAAAUGUGAAAACAAUUGCUCAUGGGGACGAACUAUCUUCCGUGUCGGAAACUGAUAUUAUCGUAAAGCGUAAUAGCAAAAGCACAAUCAGUGAACGUAAACAGAGGAAUGACAUUUGUCCUUGGGAAGACGAGAAUUCCUGUGAGAGUGACGCUCCAUUUGUUAAAACUUAUGCAACUCUUGGUUAUUUAUAAUUUAUGUAGGUGAAAUAAAUGAUAAUAAUUUAUGAUGUCAGGGUUAUAGUAAACAUAAUUUAGUUUUUAGAUCCGAUUUCUAUUUUCUCAGAGUAGAAUCAUUAAAACAGUUAUGAAAAAAAUGAUCGUUACUCUAAAUAGUCCGUUAUGUAUAUUUUAAAUUGUGUGAAGAGUAUCAUUUCUAUUAAGUAUUAUAACAUGUUAUAUUAGAAGACAAACGUUUGAAUGUAACGAUAUAAUUGACCCUAUUUUAUACGCAUACCUACCUAUGUAUAUGAGCGUCAUUUUUAACAUUUCCUUCCUUACGUUCAGCAUAAACUUUAUUCAAAUUAGAUGAAUUGCCUACAUUUAAACGUAGAACCUAUUUUUAUAAUUUGCUGUAAUUAUCUAUAAAUAAAUUGUAAAUAUCAUUUGCUACUCCAUUGAUUUGAGUUAAAAUUACACGGGUGUGCGCACUUAGUCUAUACUCUAUAUAGAGAGGUAACGUGUGAAAGCCUUUCUUAACAAUUGUAACUAUUAUAUUUAAACGAGUCUCAAUAUUAUAGUCCAGAGAAUAUGGAUGAAUUUCGAAAUGUUUG